UAAUUUAACAGGAAGAAUUUUGGCAUUAUAUUCUAUUGGGCGCGAGUGUGGAUUUAAAAAAAUAUAAAUGUGACUAUGAACGGAAAAUGUCUAAUAAUAUUUUAUAUUAUUUUUUAUAUUUCCCGCGCAAACAGCCGUUUGAUAAAUCCUAUUAUAGAAAGUGAUGAUGAAUCAAAUUCCUAUGAUUUUUCUUAUGAUAGUGAUGAUUUUCCUACAGUGAGGUCUAGUUUUGCUAAAACAGUGACAAAGUUUUCGUGUAUGGCUGACAUUGACGACGCUGAACUUCUACUAUACGGAACCAAAGCAUGGAGAUUCCCUGAGCAGGACAUCAAUCUGACCUUGACUUAUCCACCAGAAGCAAAAAUUGGAAAUGAUGACUAUCUGAUAACUGGGUUCAAAGUGCUUCUCUUCGUGGAUACAGUGAAGAGUAAGGGAUACAUCAACAGCGGUGGUAUCUUAGAGGAUCACCUGAGUCUUUCCUUCCUGUCUCCAAAAGUGAACAUGCUCUCCUACCAAUUCUGGCUGUACGGCGUACCGAACACACAAACAUUUCAUGACAAAUCUAUAUACAUUCAUCAUGAUUUGUGCUAAUGUAUUGUUUUAUUUCAACUGCUUGUUGCCGGUGAGCUCUGCGUAAGAAAAUCACGCUGGCGGAGCCGCGGGCAAAAGCUAGUCUUAGCACACCACCGUCACCGUCACAUUUUUAACAAUUUCUUUUAUUUCUUAGCGAAAAAAAUAACAUAUUUUAACUGAUUAUGUCACACUACACGAAAGUAUUUAUUAAUAAAAUUUAAUUUAUUAAACACAAUCCUUUAGGUAUCUAGUGUAUGGAAUUUAAAAUAUUUAUUUUAUUUUUCGUUAGGCGUUUUUGUUAGUAAAAAUUUUGUUAAAUAAAUUGUAUUUUUUAUUAUUUUUUAUAAUGCCUCGUAGCUAUUUCUAUCAACUCGAGAGAAAAUACUUGCAAUGCCAACUUAACAUCGUAUUACAAAGGACUUGGAAUCACAAAGUAUGGAGUUGACGUAAACAAGCAACUGUAUUAUCUGUCGCCACCUGAGCCGUCUAGACCUGCAAUAAAGGGUGAAUCUAUAAAGAGGGGUAUUAAAAUCCUAUAGAAUAUGCAGAAAAGUUUGGUAUUGAAAUACAGUUUUAGUUGUAAUCCUAACAAAUUAUAAAUGCGUAAGUUCGAUUAUUUGUUAUCUCUUCACGCUUUAUCUACUUAAUAAAUCUUGUUAAAAAUUGUU